UCUCUCUCUCUCUCUCUGUCCCGCCUCCACCCACCUCAUCGACUUUGAACCUGUUUGUUUAAAUCCACGGACUUUAUAGCCUGCGCACCCACGAGCCACAGCCAGCGAACUUUUUCCAUUCAAGUGGGAAUUUAUCGGUGCACUGAUGCUGAGGUACCCGCUGGAGUAGAGUGAUCUGGGGACAAACUGAAUGCGGCUGUCCAGGACCAUGGACUCGACAGGUGAACCGGAGACGUACUGAAGACGCAUAUCUCCCUCGGGAGAGUCCUCCCUCCUCCCGGGGCGAUGCGGAUCCCCUUCCUCCUUCUCACCGCCUCUCUGUGCGCCAUGGUUCUUCUCCUCCUCGCACCUGCCUCGGAGGGCUGCGGACCGGGGAGGGGGUACGGAAAGAGGAGGCCUCCGAAGAAGCUCAUCCCGCUAGCCUACAAGCAAUUCAGCCCGAAUGUGGCCGAGAAGACGCUGGGUGCGAGCGGGCGGCCCGAGGGCAAAAUUACGCGCAACUCGGAGCGCUUCAAAGAGCUGACACCCAACUACAACACUGAUAUCAUCUUCAAGGAUGAAGAGGACACGGGCGCGGAUCGGCUCAUGACUCAGCGCUGCAAAGACAAGUUGAACUCCCUGGCCAUCUCUGUCAUGAACAUGUGGCCUGGUGUGAAGCUGAGAGUGACGGAGGGAUGGGAUGAGGACGGCCAUCACUCAGAGGACUCGCUGCACUAUGAAGGACGUGCUGUUGACAUCACCACCUCAGACAGAGACAGAAACAAGUAUGCCAUGUUGGCUCGGCUUGCUGUCGAAGCCGGAUUUGACUGGGUCUACUAUGAAUCCAAAGCCCAUAUUCAUUGUAGUGUCAAGUCAGAACAUUCUGUCGCUGCCAAAACUGGCGGUUGUUUCCCAGGUGAUGCUCAAGUUACCCUUGAGGGCGGAGUCACCAAACAGAUGCGUGACCUUCAUCCCGGUGACCGUGUUUUGGCUUCCUCGACAACUGACGCUCGUGGUUCGCUUCUCUACAGUCCGGUACUCGCCUUUUUGGAUCUCCAGACAAACGUCACGAAGAUCUUCACUCUCAUUGGAACCAACACUGGACUAAAUAUAACGCUCACGGCGGCACAUCUCAUCUUUGUCACUGACUGCGUGGGUGGACUCAGCCAAGAUGGAGUGAGGACAACUUUUGCUAGUGAGGUGAAGCCGGGUCAGUGUAUACUGACCUCGCAAGGAACGGAGGCAACUAAAGCCGUCGUGACUUUUGUAGAGGAGAGGCAGAGCACUGGGUUGUAUGCCCCACUGACCCAGCACGGGUCUAUAGUCGUGAACAGCGUGUUGGCAUCCUGUUACGCUGCUGUGGACAAUCAUCAUUUGGCCCACUGGGUUCUAGCCCCACUGCGUUUUGUCCGCACCCUCAUGGGUGCUGAGGAACAACAAACUGAUGGUGUGCACUGGUACCCCUGGCUUCUACAGAAGGUUGGGGAAAUGCUACUGGCCCCCAAACACUUCCACCCUUUGGGAACUGAGCGAGGACUCUGACAGAAGAAAACCAAAAUCUAUUGAAUCAGCUUGUAUAUCAGAAUAGCAAAUCACAGAAACAGCUGUCCACCAAAAUAGCAAAAAAAAAAAAAAAAAAUGGUUUGGACACGAAAUGUGUUGUUUUACUCACUCCACUUGUCUCGAUAUGCUGUAAGACACCAAUAGAGAAAAUGAAUUGCGAUUUCAUCACUGCUUUUGCAAAUGUGCAUAAUUUCAUGUUCAUGGCGCGAAUGCGAUUCAGGUGUGCCAGUAAACCACAAAUUAGUAAGCACUUGUUUAUCAGCCACAAUGCUGACACACACCAUAUGGAUAAAAGCGCUGGGAGACAUCUUGAGCAACUGUAAUAAUGGGUGUAUAGCAGUAUAAUUGUCAUCUAGCAUGACUGUGCCUCAGUGGGUUUGUGAAGGCAUGAUUGAAUAAGUUUGAUGUGGAAGAACUUCAUAGUUGUCAACCCCAUCAGAGACUUUGGGGAUAAAUUGCAACACAAACCGGCAGCCAGGCCCUCUCUCAGCAUCUGUGACCGCUGAUCUCAAAUUGUUGUUGUGGAUGAGUGACCAAAAAAAAAUCCAACAGAGGCACUCCAAAAUCCUACGCUAUUAAUGCCACCUUCUGGUGUAAGAAUCCCCCUUAUUGAGUUUUGUCUGUCAUUCAGUUUUACCUUGGAGCACCUUAGCCUUUUAGUGACGAUGAUUUGUUAUUAUGAUGCAUUUUGAGAACAGAAAAGUCAACAAUUAGGUGCAUCAUUCAUUUAUACUCUUUUUAUUCUUCAAAAUGAGUCAUAGUGACGCUAUCACUAUAAGUUAAAAUAUGAGUAUACAUUUUGGGAGGGCCUGUUUGAACUCCAGAUGUUGAAGAGGACAUUAAGGCAAAGAUGAAUUUGAAGGAAUGGAAAAAAGACAGUGUAAAUGUUUAUUUGAGCAGUUUAGUAAUGACAUUAAGGUAAUUACACGUCAAGUUUACUCACUUUACUGACUCAUAUUUUUCCCUUGUUGUCUGAUGUAUUGUUUUUGACAUAACAGUAAGCAAAAAUAUAUUUACGAUAUUUAUUUGAAUAUUUUUGACUAUGUGUUGAGUUUAUUGUGAAUUUGUCUUGGCUGCAAACAAGGCAGAGUAGAAUUGUUGGACUGCAAAAAUGGUUUAAAAAUGGUAAGAUUGCAUUCAGAAUCCCAAGAGUGCAAAAUGUUCAAAUGUUUGGCCAGAUUAAUUUAUUUUAUGCGGGUAAUCACAUAAAACGUAUUCUUGAUUCAUUUGAAGCAGAUUCAUGACAGCACGGGUUUAUCCUCACUCCCUUUGCAACUGGUGCACCAAACAAUGAUGUACCGUCAACUAUGGCUUGACUUUGCAAGGAGCAGACUUGAAUAUUCUGGCCAGGUAGACACCUAAAAGAUCUUGGACUAUUCAAACACCGAACCAAAAUAAACUGAAUUUUAUUUUCAUCAUGAUGUCACAAUUCAAUGCUCAUCAAUUGUAUCAUAUGUUGCGGCAAAACUAUCGCACAAUCUACACAUGUGAUCGUGUGGGUCCAGAUUGUCAUAUUUAAUAGAAACCACAAGGGGCUGAGCACAUCACCAAGGGGUGUUCCAGUGCUUCCAUGAGCUGUGAUUCUAAUGACUAAUCAAAGUAUUAAUUUCUGUGAAUGAUGGCCUGUUUACAGGCCACUAAUAAUUUCUUAAAUAAUUUUAAAGAUCAUUUUGGAGUACCUAUAGUUGGUCUUGUCCAGAUGCAGAAGUACUUUGUCCUGGGGAUAUUCAAUUUUGUUUCCCUUUGUAUCAUAUAUGGUGAAAUGAUCUUGUAGCCUUACUAAAAAUCGGUGUGUGCCAUGUUAGUCGACCCCCCGCCCCCAAACCAUAGGGAGGCUAUCGAGUCCCACUGAGACGGCGCAUGCUAAUGUUUGCAGCUCUAUGGGGAAUUCUGACUGUCCAAUAGGAGGGAAUAAUCUUGCACUGAUGCAAGAAAGUGACUAAACUGGGUUGAUCAUCUGCUUCCACCAUAAUUCUAUGAUUCAUUAAUGCAUCUUCUUUACGAUCAGAUUAAUAUCAGGAGUAUUUUUUUUUUAAACUUCUCUGUGCAUAUGUUUUAUAUUGAACGUCUCAGUUUUCUGGUCAGUCUACCAAACUAUGUUUGACUCAGACUGUAUUAAACUACUGUAUAACUAGCUUUUUAUACAUAGUGCUCCAUUGUGCUUAUUUUCUUCUGCAGUUUUUUAUAUUUAAUGGCUUUCCUUUGCAUGUACGUUUUCAUUCCAUCCAUAGAUUUCAAACCACGUUUCUAGCGAACAUAUAUGAAAUCGAAAUUUUAAAUAAGUGACAUUUUCUGCUGGUAACUGAUUUUCAGAUGCAAGUGCUUCAUGGAGAUGGAUGGAGAAACUCUGAAGCACUACGCACAGAUUUGUCAAAUAUGUAUAUGAAGCUAUUUUCUGAGAAAUUAUUUAAAGAUCUAUUUUUAAGAAUAUAAAUGGGGCAAUGUUGUGCAUUCCUUUUUUUUCAAUAUUUAACAUAAAGUUGUUUUUAUUACAACCAA